GUGUUCAGGGGUGUUUUGUUUAUAUGAGCCGGUUUGCCAAAUGUGUCUGAAGAGUCCUGGUUAAGUCUGGGGUUGUGCUGCGGGACGGGGGAGCGUUGUUAUUGUUGUGAUGUUCGGACUUGCUGGUGUCAACUAGGUAGGCUGUAAGCUAACGGAGCUAGUUAGUUGUGUCAGAGGGAGAGAGAGCUAGCUAGCUAACCGCUUCCUCUUCAGCAUGGUUCAGCUCAGCUCGCUUCAGCGGAAAACUCAGUAUAGGCUUGACACAGGUUGUAGGUUUGUCCAAGCCGUUUUCUUGCCCUUAUUGGCCUGCGGUAUCCGAACCGAACCACUGUGUAGCCAGAAGCAGCAGGCUGGAGCUAGCUGGUCUCGCUCCGCCUGUGUGCGUAGGCUGUGUGGGUUUGCCAGCCGGCUAGCGAGCUGAGUAUUAUUAUCCAUAUCUGUAGCUCGAUAGGAUGGAUUAGAGAUGUCUACCGUAUAAAUGGUAAAAAGAUGUCACCUUAGUGAAAACGCAAACGGCGAAAGCCUUUUAUUCUUUUCAUGUCUGAGUGACACAAACUGAAUGUGGUGAAAUCCUGAAGGCUAGCUCUGUCUCCUGCCCUGACGGACCUGCUAAUGGUCAGAUAGCAUUAGCUGUGGGAGCAGCAGCUGAAACUACAUAUUAUUUGGCAGCAGUAAAAACACUGCUCCAACCACAAGAUAUCGAACUACACAAAAAAUAAAUGAGUCGACAAAGAAUGUGUCAGCAAAGGAAAACUACAGCAGCUGAUGAUCGAAACCUCGGAAGAGCUGUAAAGAAAAACCUCAAACAGUCUUUAACAACAACCUCCACAGAACGCAAAUGGUGAUGAGCCUGCGUGUCUCUGAACUGCAAGUACUCCUAGGAUACGCUGGUCGCAAUAAGCACGGGAGAAAGCACGAACUAUUGACCAAAGCACUCCACUUGUUGAAAGCUGGCUGCAGCCCUGCUGUACAGAUGAAGAUCAAGGAGCUUUACCGUCGCCGCUUCCCCACAAAAAUGGUGUCCCCGACAGACCUCUCGCUUUCCGGGGUUCACUCCACAACAGGUGUAACGUCUGCAGGUUUGCCUGCCAGCCUCACCCAACUCGGGUUUGACAGCCACGGUGCACCUUCGCCUCUGCUGCCUGUCUCUCUCCUGGGGCCCAAGCAUGAGCUGGGCCUUCCACACCUUCCUUCAUCCCUGCAUCCUGUCCAUCCAGAUGUCAAGCUCCAGAGGCUUCCUUUCUAUGAUGUGCUGGAUGAACUGAUCAAGCCCACCAGCCUGGUUCUUCCUUACUAUAAGCAGAUUAAAUUCACCUCAGACAAUAAUCAGAGGUUUCAGGAAACAUGCUUUGCAUUUGCGUUGACGCCACAGCAAGUACAACAGAUCAGCAGCUCGAUGGACAUUUCUGGGACCAAAUGUGACUUUUCAGUACAGGUUCAAUUAAGGUUUUGUUUAUCAGAGACGAGUUGUCCUCAGGAAGACCAUUUCCCACCAAACCUCUGUGUGAAAGUGAACGGAAAGCCCUGUAACCUCCCUGGCUAUCUUCCUCCAACUAAAAAUGGAGUAGAGCCAAAAAGACCAAGCAGACCCAUCAACAUUACCUCUUUGGUCCGUUUAUCCACAACAGUACCCAACACUAUUGUGGUAUCUUGGACAUCAGAAAUCGGCAGGAGUUAUUCUAUGGCAGUGUACCUCGUCAGACAGCAGUCGUCUUCAGUGUUGCUACAGAGACUACGGUCGAAAGGCAUCAGGAACCCAGACCACUCAAGAGCACUCAUCAAAGAGAAGUUGACUGCUGACCCUGACAGUGAGAUUGCUACCACCAGUUUGAGAGUCUCCCUACUCUGUCCGCUAGGGAAGAUGCGACUGAUGGUUCCAUGCCGAUCGCUGACCUGUUCGCACCUGCAGUGCUUUGACGCCACACUCUACAUACAAAUGAAUGAGAAAAAACCCACCUGGGUGUGUCCAGUGUGCGACAAGAAAGCUCCAUAUGAACACCUUAUCAUUGACGGGUUGUUCAUGGAGAUCUUAAACAGCUGUGUAGACUGCGAUGAGAUCCAAUUUAAGGAGGAUGGUAGCUGGGCACCCAUGAUAUCCAAAAAGGUGGUGCAGGAGGUGUCCGCUUCGUCCAACGGCUUAGAGGGUUCGUGUCGACCAGUGCUAUCUGAUCACAAAAACAGUUCAUCCCACACCAGCAGUAGCAACAAUAAAAAAGUGGAAGUGAUUGACCUUACACUGGACAGCUCCUCAGAUGAUGACAAUGAUGAUGAGCCUCCUCCAAAACGAGCCUGUCCAUCUCUUUCACCCACCUCACCAACAGUCACUAAAGGAGUGUUAAAUCUUCACCAUCAGGCAUCGCCAGUGACGCGUGCUCCAAGCAUGCCAGCAGUGGAGACAAACUAUAUUCCCCCUCCACCUCCUCUCAUUCAGGACUACCGCCACUAUUACCACACACCCAGUGACCUGUCAGAGCUGAAUUUCUUUUCAUUUUUACCAGGGGAAAAUCAUCCGCAUUACAACAUGGUUAUGGCAGCAGCAGCCGCAGCAUCUGCUUCUGCAUCAACAUCAGACGAUCAUGAGCUCCUCCGCUUCUUGCCCUAUAACUCUUCACAGUUGUACCUGGAUCAAACGGGCACGGCGCCGAGCAGUUCACUGGCACCACCCAAUGGCAGUGCGGGCAGCAGUAGCAGCCUGCAGGACAGCCAUGGGCACAGCAGUGUUGCCCGCUCACGGUCGGACACAGCGGCCUCAGUCAUAUUCGGCACUAUCUCAGACGUCAUUUCACUCGAUUGAGCACACAGGCACAGGAACCCAAAGACAAACAGGCCUCGCCGCACCAUCCACGUGGGACAUGAGAAGCAUGGUGUGCUUCAAGAGGAUUUUCGAGAUGAAUUAAAGAAAAGGAAAAGUGGGUGGGGGAAAAAGACAAAUGCCUUUGUAACAAAAAAGAAAAGAAAAAAAAGAAGAAGAAAAUGAAACGCUGUACAGAGAAGAAAUAUCUAUUUUCAGUUUUACUUUUGUAUAUAAACAAUAGGACGCUGCCUGCCCAGUGAGUGACUUCAGUUCAUAUUUUUUGUGUGAAUACUGAAGGUGUUUUUUCACUUCUCCAUGUGCUGUCCCUUGACUUAAACCUAUUCUCUAUCUUUUAUACUCUUUUUGCUAUUUUAUUUCACCUCAAACACUUCUUUCAGACCCAGUCAGUUUUAUUUUUUCUUUCUUUCUUUUUUAAGAGUCAAUAUGUUAUUUAAUGACACUUUUCUUGUGCAGGUAAUUUAUGAUGCUUUUAAGUUAUGUAGUUUGUAUGCUGUAUAAAAAGCAUUUCCUGAUGCCAUUACAGGAUCUAGCCAUGAGGCAUGCUCAGAACGGCAGACACCUCUAAUUCCAGCUUUGCAUUUACCUCCAUCUAGCGCUCAGUAAAGUAUGCGAAAGAAAGAAUUUUUUUUUUUUUUUCUCUUCCAGAUAUUUAUGCAGAGAUCAUGUUGCACACAUCUCCUACAACUUAUAAAACUAAAUGUUAAUUAUAAUGGUAAUUAUUUGAGGAUAAGUAGUUUGCUAUGAGUAAUUUAUCAACUGAGGAGAAAUGUAAUUGAAGGCUUGGUACUAUAGUGUGAUGCAUUUAUGAAGUUAAUCAAUCAACCUAAGAAGUAUAUUUAGACAACGUCAUGUAGCUGCAGAACAUAGUUAAUGAUGUGCCAUCCAAGGUUGUGUUUAAAUGAAAGAUUUCUCUGUCAUAACAGAAGACUAAUUGAGGUCUAGUGAACUGUCCACCUUCAGUUUUUAACAAAAUUAGAUCUUGAUUCACACUGUCUUUCCAGGCAUUGGGAAACCCAAUUGUUUCAUUUGAUUUUUUUUUUUUUUUUUUUAUGAUUCUGUUGUCUGUGUAAAUUUGACUGAACAAAAGCUGUAUUGCAUUGAUCAGAGUUUAUGAGCAAUGGCACGGGUACCAGGAAAUGGUAAACCCACAUAAUAUUCUGUGUUGGUAUCUGCUGUUUCCUGUUCAAAAGCUGUGUCAUGUGCUACUCUUCUACAACGUCAAGUUUUCAGGACUGUGAUAAUCAUCUCUCUGAAGGGAAAGUCAACAUUUUGACGAUUAAUAUAUUUUGUUACUUAUAGUGAUAAAAUCUGUGUGUGUGGGUGUGUGUGUAUGUGUGUAUGUAUAUAUAUAUAUAUAUAUAUAUAUAUAUAUAUAUAUAUAUAUAUAUAUAUAUAUAUAUAUAUAUAUAUACACACACACACACACACUUUGACGAUCGGGUCAUAACCGCUUGAGAAGAAAACUUACAGAUUUUUUUACGCCAAUAGAAAAACACUGAUCUUUAUUAAUGUGUAUGUAUGGUCUAAAUGUACAUACAUAAGAACUCAGUCUUUGGAUCUAUUUUCAACCAAAUCAACUUUUUCAAAGUCUGGUGCACACUUACAAUUUUUUUGUAUUGGCUUAGUUUGCUUUUCAAAUCGUUGUAAAAGUGUUGUGCCUUGUUAUAUUGCUGGUCCUCUAGAUCUUCCUUUGGCAUGCAGAAACCUAAAAAAUAGAUUCCUGCAUCCUGGCAUUCACCUUUAUUUCUUUAUGUAGAAAGGAAGGGUUUUUAAUAGUCAGAAUGCUUAACGUAUCUUUUUAAGUGACCUUUCAGUUUUAUUUAAAUGUUUCUUAUUUUUCCUGGUGAGGUCACAGCCACGUCACGUCAUCUUUGCCACCUCUUUCCCUCACUCUUGUUAAAAAAAAAAAAAAAGAAGAAAAAAAAGAUUUUAUUUAUUUUGUAAUCUAUAUAUUUUUAGUAUUUGUUUGACAAUUAUACUUUACUGUCAUUGUACAUUUAUUUCAAUAUUAAUUAUUUAAAGAGCCCUCGUCAUGUGCUUUGCAUAGUAGCAAGCAUCCUGUUAUUUGUCUUUGUGUUCCUUGUUUUGUCAUAUUGAUUUAUGUCUAUUCUGUACAUUUAAUUCCAUCUCCAGAAUCUAUGGUGUUGUCAGAUUUGACUAUUUUCAUUGCAAUUAAACACUUUAAACAUUUAAAAGCCAGCUGAGUGUGGACGAACUCUGGCGCAGUUAAGACCCAUUUUAAGAAAUGUUUAGAAAUGUUCAGAGGCUCAUCAGUUUGUUUAGCCACUGACUCCUUAUGCACAGCCAUUAUUACCUGUAGAAAUUGAAGCUUUCAUCAAAAUUUAAGUGUCGAUUGUAGAAAAUAUCUUCUAUUUCAUAUAGGCCAACAUUUAUACAUGUAGUACAUGCUAGUUAAUUCAAGUAAAAAUGAAAAAGAAGAAGAAAACCUUGUGCACAGAGGGGACCAUGAAUUGAUCUUAAGAACUUCAUGAGAAAAUUCUGCACUGGAAAUUUCAUUUUGGUGAGGCAUUAGAUUACACUGAACUUAAGCCAUUAAGAUGAAGUAGUCCAUAUCUAGAUUCAGGUAGAAGCACUGUCAUUUGUUAUUAUUUUAAAGAAUCGGCACGCUGUGCCAUACACGACUGACACUUAAACCAGUUACAGGUUUCCAGACAGAAUUCUACCACUAGAGAAGCGACCUAACCCGUUUUAGCUGUAGUGGUAAGACUGGUGUGCAUGAGAUCUCUCUGCCUUAAACUCUUGUAUUCUUUUUAUCAUGAAAGAAAUCAUUAUGUAUAUCAAGCCACUAUCAGUUUGUACAAAACAUCAAAUUAUUUAUUAUUUGAUUUGGGAUACAUUGUUUACCUAAUGAAUGUUAAUUGUUUAUGUAGAGAGUGGUUUAGCUGUAAUAAAACACAUGCAACUA